AUGAAAGAACCACAGAUAUAAAACGCUGAACAUUUCCAGAUAAGUAGAAAGACCCUCACACUCCAUCCCUCUCCCCCUUUCUCAAUCUUACUGCCGUACUACCUCUACAAAUCCUUCUUACCGAAGAUGAAUGUUGAUAAGCUCAUGAAGAUGGCCGGUGCCGUCCGCACUGGUGGCAAGGGUACUAUGAGAAGAAAGAAGAAGGCUGUGCACAAAACUACCACCGCAGAUGACAAAAGAUUACAGAGUACCUUGAAAAGAAUAGGAGUUAAUGCUAUUCCUGCCAUUGAAGAAGUUAAUAUUUUCAAGGAUGACCAGGUUAUUCAAUUCAUUAACCCUAAAGUUCAAGCAUCCAUUGCAGCCAAUACCUGGGUUGUGAGCGGUUCACCCCAAACAAAGAAAUUGCAAGACAUUCUUCCUGGAAUCAUCAAUCAAUUGGGACCCGACAACUUGGACAACUUGAGGAAGCUGGCUGAACAGUUCCAGAAAAGAGCACCUAAUGCCGAUGGCAGUGGAGCAAAUGCUGAGGAUGACGAUGAUGUUCCGGAGCUUGUUGCUGGUGAGACCUUUGAAGCAGCUGCAGAGGAAGGACAGAAGUCUGAAGAAGUACAGAAAUCUGAGGAAGCUCAGAAGGCUGAGGAAGCACAAAAGUCUUGAGCUGUUUGUUGAUUUUGUGUGCCAUGCAUUAUAUUUCCAAAAUAUAUGCUACUUGUCCCUUUUUUGUUUGAUUUAGCAUUUUUGCUGAAGUUGUAUCAGACAAUUAGUUAAGCGACGUGUAUUGUAACCGGAGGCAAGUUAGAUUUACCAAGCGCGAUUGGUUCUAUUUGCAAUUCUAUACCAAUGAUUUUAAGUCUGUC